AUGCACCAAAAAGCUAUAGUUCUCCUAUUUUUGCUUUUCAAUACAAGUUUUGCCUUUGACACAUGUUAUGUAUUGUUCGUGAUCGAUGGCUCAAGUUAUUGGCCAUCUUUCCGCGGUGAGAUCACCUCAAUCGCCACCACAGGAAAUAUCCUUUAUUCAUCGAGUGCCGUUUAUACAAAUUCGAAUUUUUGGUUGUACGGAGAUGGAGAUCAAGAUCAACCGAUUCCGAAUUGGUUUUACUCGGAAAAGCAAGAUUUUCUCGAUAAUGUUGCCGAAGUGGAAUCGGAUAAGGGACAGGAAACGAUCGUGGGCGCAACAGCCAAGCUUAACCGAUGGGAAAUCCACAAUGCUGUGAUCGUUCUCUACACAGCUAGCCCUCAAAAUCUGAUCCGGAUUGCCGGAUCCAAUUACACUGAACAAUAUCGUACACUGGCUAUUCAUGUGAAUGAUGGAGUUGAUAUGAGUCCAAUCUCGGGUUAUUCAAGUCCACAAAUGUCCGAUUUUGAGAAUAUCGUUGAGCUGAUUGCCGAUGUUUGUCGGCAAUUGCCAACAGAAGGGCCAACCACUUCCGAGCUGCCUACCACUGCUACAUCGUCAUCGUCUGCUACAUCGUCGCCGUCAACUAGUCCUUAUUUCCCAACCCAAACCACAAGUACUCAAAGCGAAACGCCAACAACGAUGACAGGGACUACUGGGGAAACGACAGACACCACAGGAACGACGGGGACCGUUGGAUCAACAACAACUCCUUGCGACGACACCACUGUAACGACUGAAUCUAUUGGAACAACUGGAUCAGCAUCAACAGAAAGUGCUGGAACAACAGAAAGUGCUGGAACAACAGGAAGUGCAUCAACCACAUCACCAGAUUGUUUGUCUAACUAU